CAAGGAGUGGAUAUUUCAUAUUACGAUGUAACGAUAACACCUAAGGUCCCUCUGCGAUUAAAUAGGAAGGUAUUUAAUCGUUUUGUGGAACAAAAUCGAGAUGGAGCUCUUGGGGGUGCAAGACCGGUAUUCGAUGAUAUGUAUUCAAUAACGAAAAAAAAAAUAUUUUCGUGGAAUUAGAGGAAGAAGAUACGCCCGUGAGUAGAACACGACCGCCUCAAAGAUUCAGAAUUAAAAUAAAAAAAAACUAGAGAUAUUGUUAUAAGGGAACUAUUCCAAUUUUUAAAUGCAAGAGACGAUAUGACAAAUAAUUGCCUAAUGGCAACAAUGGCAAUGGACAUUAUUAUUGGACACAAGAUUUCUGCA